AUGUCUACUUUAUCAUCAUUCCUAUUUCGUCGAACUAUUCAAUAUGUUCCAAGACGUCAAAUUCAUUUAACAAAAUGUAUUUAUCAUGAACGUUACUUUAGUAAAAAACAUGAAUGGGUACAAUUAAUUGAUUCAAAUAAAAAAACAAAUGAAAUUCGUAUUGGUAUAAGUGAUUAUGCUCAACGUGCACUUGGUGAUGUUGUUUAUUGUGAAUUACCAUCAAUUGGUACAAAAUUUAAACGUGAGGAUACAUUUGCAACAUUAGAAUCUGUUAAAGCAGUUUCAGAUUGUUACAUGCCAAUUGAUGGCGAAAUAACUGUUGUUAAUGAAAAAUUACAAAAUGAAGCUGAUUUAAUUAAUAAAAGUCCAUAUGAUAAUGGUUGGCUUGUACAAGCUGUUAUUGAUGAACAAGUUAAAAAAGAUAUGUCAACAACAUUAAUGAAUGAAAAUCAAUAUAAUAAGUUUUUAGAAACAACUAAAGAAGCUGCUGAUCAUUAA